ACUGAGGACUGGAGUAGUUGAUGGAGGAAAUUUAACAGCUGUGUAUUACUACUGCACCAUAUUAAACACAGCUUGCACCUAGUAACCAAGGGUCCCUGCCCAUACAUGAAUCAUUACAUCUUCAACUAUAAAAACAUGGAGCCCAAAGUUAACUCCAGCUAAGUUAUUCAGUGGAGAGUUUGAAGGAGCUCUAGGACUCAAUACUCAUGGCGAUUGCUAUUCGUGUAGUGCUUUUUUUUGUUCUUUUUUUGGCUACUGUUAAGGCACAGGUUUCUUUAGCUGAUCUCAAGCAAGUCGAAGAAGAUAAGCCGCAACAUGUUGGCCUCAGCCAGGCAUUUCGUGUUUUCACUGGAGGAUCCAAUAGGCGGCUUCAAGACAUAGUUCUAAAGGUUGCAAAAUACUUGAACAACGGGGAUUUGGCUCUAGCUCCAGCACCAGCUCCACCUCCAAGCCAGUUGGAUUGUGGAGGGUUGUGCAAGUACAGGUGCAGUUUGCACUCGAGGCCCAAUCUUUGUGCAAGGGCAUGUGGAACAUGUUGUGUAAGGUGCAAAUGUGUGCCACCAGGUACCUUUGGCAAUAGAGAGAAGUGUGGCAAAUGUUACACUGAAAUGACUACCCAUGGCAACAAGACCAAGUGCCCUUAAUUAUUACUAUUAUUUAGUAUCAUCUUUACUUACCAACUACUGUGAAGUGUGUGGACCUAGCUUUAUUUAAUUUCAUCAUAUCUACGUGAUGUGCUAGCAAGUUAUGUCUGGCUAGAAUGCAAUAUCUUGCUGCUAAGCCCAUGUGAGUUGUAGUUUGAAGGGUACUGUGUGUCGUGUACUAUAUUUUACUCAGCUUUAAGUUGGAAGGUUUAUCUUGA